AUGUUGCCUGUGGUCGCCGGGCUCUUGCUCGCUGUAGCGGCGGGCGGACAGGGGUCGGUGGCGGGGGAUCCGGAGAGUCCAGCGGGCAGCCGCUUCGUCUGCACCUCGCUGCCGCUGGAUGCGGUCGGCGCGGGCUGCCCGCUGCCGCCGGUGCCCAUGCAGGGUGGCGCGCUGCCCCCCGAGGAGGAGCUGAAAGCCACAGUGCUGCAGCUGCGGGAGACCGUCCUGCAGCAGAAGGAGACCAUCGGGAGCCAGCGGGAGGCCAUCCGGGAGCUCACCGGCAAGCUGAGCCGCUGCGAGGGCACCGACGGCAAGUCCGGCACGGGGACGUGGAAGAAGGAGCUGGGCAAAGGCAAGGACACUAUGGGCGACUUGCCGCGGGACCCGGCGCAGGUCAUCGACCAACUGAGCCGCACCAUGCAGACCCUGAAGGACCGGCUGGAGAGCCUGGAGCACCAGCUCCGAGCCAAUGUGUCAUAUGCAGCCCUGCCUAAUGACCUUCGAGAGAUGCUUCAGCGGAGGCUUGGAGACCUGGAACGCCAACUCCUGAGCAAAGUGGCUGAGCUUGAGGAUGAAAAGUCUUUGCUUCAUAAUGAGACAUCAGCCCAUCGUCAGAAGACAGAGACAGCCUUGAAUGCAUUGCUAGAAAGAGUGUCUGAAUUAGAAAAAGGUAGCAGUGCAUUUAAGGCACCUGAUGAAUUCAAAGUCUCCCUUCCUCUUCGCACCAACUACUUGUAUGGGAAGAUCAAGAAGACUCUGCCUGAGCUGUAUGCUUUUACUGUUUGCUUGUGGCUGAGAUCAAGUGCUUCUCCUGGAAUUGGCACUCCAUUCUCAUAUGCUGUUCCUGGGCAGGCUAAUGAAAUUGUCCUCAUAGAAUGGGGGAAUAAUCCAAUCGAACUGCUAAUUAAUGAUAAGGUGGCCCAGCUGCCUCUCUUCAUCAGUGAUGGAAAGUGGCAUCAUAUCUGUAUAACAUGGACAACUAGAGAUGGGAUGUGGGAGGCCUUUCAGGAUGGAGAAAAACUUGGCACUGGGGAGAAUCUUGCUCCUUGGCACCCAAUUAAACCUGGGGGUGUCUUGAUCCUGGGUCAGGAACAGGACACAGUAGGAGGAAGAUUUGAUGCAACUCAAGCCUUCGUUGGAGAGAUGAGCCAGUUCAAUAUAUGGGACAGGGUCUUAAAAGCUGAAGACAUCAUGAAUAUUGCUAACUGCUCUACCAACAUGCCUGGCAACAUCAUACCCUGGGUUGAUAACAAUGUUGAUGUGUUUGGAGGUGCUACUAAAUGGCCUGUGGAGACAUGUGAAGAGAGGCUGCUAGAUUUAUAG